AUGGAAGUUUCUAAUGCCGAGAUUACUCUGUAUAUUUGCAAGAAUGAGUUUCUAGAGAAGUACUUUCCAGCUAAUGAUCAUAGCAAGAAGGAGAUCAAGUUCUUACAGUUGAAGAAAGGAGGUAUGAUUGUUGCUAAUUAUACGACUAUAUUUGAAGAGUUUCUGAGAUUUUGUCCCCACUAUAAUGGUCUGGAAGAUGAUGGGUUGAAGUGUGUGAAGUUUGAGAGUGGAUUAUGUCUUGAGAUCAAGCAACUCAUUGGUUAUCAGGAGAUCAAUCAAUUCUUAGUGCUGGUGAAUAAGUGUAGAAUUUAUGAUGAAGAUAGUAGGGCCAUAUCUGCACACUACAAGAGUGAUACUGACAAGAAAAGUGAGAGUCGGUAUUAUGGUAAACCUUAUGUGACUUCAGUUGAUAAGGGAAAAUAG